AUGAGAAGGCAGUUCCGGUCCAGAAGGGCUCCUGCCUUUCCUUACGGUUAUCGCUACAGACUUGAUGAUCAGGAUGAAGUGAACCAGAACUACUUAGCAGAUGAAGAGGAAGAAGCAGAAGAAGAGGCUCAGGUGAUGGUGGUACAUGAUUUGGAGGAGGAGGAGGAAGAGGAGGAGAAAGAAGAGGAGGAAAAGGAGGAGGAAGAGGGUCAGGGUCAGCCAACAGGCAAUGCCUGGUGGCAGAAAUUGCAGAUCGUGAAUGAAUACCUGUGGGAUCCGGAGAAAAGGAUGUCUCUGGCCCGAACAGGUCAGAGUUGGAGCCUGAUUUUAGUCAUUUACUUCUUUUUCUAUGCUUCCCUGGCUGCUGUGAUCACCCUCUGCAUGUACACGCUAUUUCUGACCAUCAGUCCUUACAUGCCGACCUUCACUGAGAGGGUGAAGCCUCCUGGAGUUAUGAUCAGACCCUUCGCCCAUAGCCUUAACUUCAACUUCAACGUUUCUGAACCUGACACUUGGCAGCAUUAUGUGAUUAGCCUAAACGGCUUUCUCCAGGGUUAUAAUGACAGUCUUCAAGAGGAAAUGAAUGUAGAUUGUCCUCCGGGGCAGUACUUCAUCCAAGAUGGCAAUGAGGAUGAGGACAAGAAGGCCUGCCAAUUUAAGCGUUCCUUCCUGAAGAACUGCUCUGGCCUGGAGGACCCUACUUUUGGCUACUCUACUGGACAGCCCUGCAUCCUUCUAAAGAUGAACCGGAUUGUAGGCUUUCGUCCUGAGCUUGGAGAUCCUGUGAAGGUUUCCUGCAAAGUUCAGAGAGGUGAUGAAAAUGACAUCCGAUCCAUCAAUUACUACCCAGAGUCGGCUUCUUUUGACCUCCGCUACUACCCUUACUACGGCAAACUGACUCACGUUAACUACACUUCCCCGCUGGUGGCAAUGCACUUUACAGACGUGGUGAAGAACCAAGCGGUGCCUGUGCAGUGCCAACUGAAGGGCAAAGGCAUCAUAAAUGAUGUCAUCAAUGAUCGUUUUGUGGGCAGGGUAAUCUUCACUCUGAAUAUAGAAACCUAA